UAAAAACAGAUUUUAUACAAGUGGUAGCUUUUAUUCUGCGGCAGAACCUAGAAGAAGACGACCGACGGCGGCUCAACCUCCAACGCAGAAAGAUGGCGUUGCAGGCUGGAGUUCAAACCUCCAAAGUUCUCGUCCUCCUUGGCGCAGGUCUGACUGGUUCGAUUGUUUUGAGGAGUGGAAGAUUGUCUGAGCUUAUAGCCCAGCUUCAAGAAUUGCUUAAGGGAGUCAAUGAAGUUGAGAUUUCACCAUUUAAAUAUGAUAGUGCACUUCUUUUGGCUCAGAUUCAACAGUUGUCACAAGAGAUCAAAGAGUUAACCUUAUCCAGUCCUGUGACCAUCUUCAAUGGGAAUUCUUCGUCUAGUGGGAGUUAUGCAUCUUAUCUAAUGCCAGCUGCUGCCCUUGGAGCAAUGGGAUACUGUUACAUGUGGUGGAAGGGAUUGUCAUUUUCAGAUUUAUUGUUUGUCACAAAGCAUAACAUGGUAAAUGCUGUUGCAACCGUAUCAAAGCAGUUAGAGCAUGUAUCUGAAGCAGUGGCUUCAACAAAGAGAAAUCUUUCGAAGAGGCUCGAAAGUGUGGAUUGGAAGUUGGAGGAGCAGAUGGAAACAUCUAAGCUAAUUACGAAUGAUGUAAACACAAUGAAGUCAAACCUUUCUGAAAUUGGGUUUGACAUUGAAAAGAUUCAUCAAAUGGUAUCUGAGAUGGAAGGAAAACUUCAGCUUCUUGAAAGCAAACAGGAUAUGUCUAACUCAGGUCUCUUGUAUCUGUGCCAUUAUGCUGGAAGCUUGAAAGAUGCACUAAAUACAAAACCCUUUCAGGAGGUCAAAGUGAAGCUAGCAAAUACUUCGUCAGCAACAUUUCAGGAGGAACCAGUGAAGGGUCUCCAAUUCCUAGCUGAAACGGAUGAGUCAGCGGUGAUAGAGAAAUCAAUUAUAAACACAAAGAAAGGUGAUAUAGCCAACCUUACCGAAAAAGUCACCGUCACUAAGACAAAGAUACACCGGUCAUAUCAAGUUGGACUUUCUUUGGCUCCAGACUUAAUGAGGCCGGGCAUGUGAUUUUUUGGUUCCUCACGAGUAAGCCAACUUUUUCACCAUCACAUGAACAAUCAAUUUAUUUUUGUUCUUGGGUGGGAGAGGAAUUGAUUAAGUUGAUUUGGCCACCAAAAUUUGCAGUGCACUGUGAUCCCUCUUCUGUCCAAGAAAAAUAUACACCGUUUGCAUUUUGUUGGAACUACAAUGUUCUAAUACCAUGCAAGAAAGAAAUAAAGCACAAUGAUUUCAGAUUCUUGAGUUCUGUCAAUGAAGUGUGUAGUUUAGUAAAGUUGUUCAGAAAGCAUUGUGAAAAUUGAUUGUCACACCCAUUUGAUCUUCUGUACAUUUACUUGUAAUGGGUUGACUUGUAAAGGAUUUUCAUUUAUUUAUAUAAUUUUGUGUGUGAAUA